UGAUGCUCCCCCUCCUGUUGGCUCUCCUCCUCUCGACGGCGUCAGCCGCUCCGGCAUUACUCGUUCCGGCCGUCGGCGGUGACAGCGGGCCUGCGGACUCACCAGCGGAGGCGCCGACGGCCGUGGCAGCGGCACUGGAGCGGGCAGAAGACGAGGUCGCUGACGGAAUCGCGGCGCCGCCGGAUAGUCUGACGUUCAGGCCUCGCCAGCACCCCUCCGCGCUCAGCCCGGAGCAGAGGCGGGGCCUGGAGCACGAGGCUCGCUGCGGCCCGCGCGUCCCCGUGCGGCGGGGCGCCUUCCCUUGGCCCGGGUGGAAUCCUCGCUGCCGUGGCGGCGGCGGCGGCGCCGCCGCGCCGGCCGGGCACCGCCUGCAGCCUGUGGACGACGAGCCGUAGCGGCGGCCGCGCACCACUCUGACGCCGACAUGCUGCACCCUCACCUAUACGUACGUACCAGGACAAGAUCGGAGGAGGAAUAAUAAGCGCUUCAAAACUCUUUUGCGAUUUGGCGGUUGUGUCAUCAAA